CCCAAACUGGCCUUACUGUAUACAUCGCCAGCUCCGUUGCCGCCGGCGCAUACGGUAGGCUUGCCCUCGGAGCCGACCGGCGACCAAACCCCUCGUGGGAUGGAUGAUCCCAAUCGCCGUCGGAGGCAGAAUGAAGCGCCCAUGCAUCCCACCUCCAACCCAAGAUAUAACGUACAACAGCAACAACAACAGCAACAAGACCCUUUGCAGCAGCGCCGCAACAUGGCUACAGGUUCGACCGAGCGAUACAACAGGCCAGCGCCACUAAACACUUCGCCCUCGCAGGCGCGAGGCAUGGGAAGCACGGGUAGCUACAGCACCUACAAUUACCAAGAGCCGGUAGCAGGCUCUUUCAACGCGCCCAUGGCGGCGAAUACUAUGCAUUACCCCUCAGGAUAUAGCCAGGACGGCCGUCCGGCGCAGAAUUUCGGUGGAUACAACGCGGCCAUGACGAUGGGAUACGACAACCUGACUGGUGCGACGGGCUCCGUCUACGAUAACCAGGCGCAAUUCCAACGGCAGCCUGCAGCUGCUCCGAUCUUGCCGACAGACGUGUCGACGUCGUACUUCUCCAAUGACCCGAGUAGUAGCACAGGAACCUCCAACCUUCCCCAUGCGCAACCGGCGAGCGCCACGGCGACGGCAUAUCAACAGCCACAGAUGGCCAACUACCAGGCGAACAUCCCUAACGUCGGCGCGAUGCCACAGCAGACUUCGAGUGCCGACGUGUCAAUGGAAGAGCAGGACUAUUCUGCCACAGGCGGCCUGGAAGAAAAAUGGAUGGAAUACCAGUCUGCGCUGCGGGGUGUCUUCCAAAAUGUCCGCAAUGGUGUGCUCGAAAGCGCCAGCCAGUCACUUCUGGAUGUGUCAAACUGGCUCCUGACGCAGGUCGUCGAUCUGGGCCUCAACCUGGACGACCAAAAUUUGCAUGGAGACCGAAUCAAACUAUGGAACGACUUCAAUCACGCGUGGCUCUCACUAUUCCAGAUGCAGAAGGAUUUGAUGGAGCCGGGCAGACAGCUGCAGCGAUCGCAGACCUUGGUCCCCAAGGAAGGCCUUGAAAAAAUGGGCAAAGAGCUCGUCCGGCUUUGCGACGGCAUUGAGCGACAUGGUCUGGUCGACUACCAAUACGGAGUAUGGGAGCAGCAGAUCAUAGAGAUCAUCGAAGCUUGCCUCGACCAGUACGAGGCAAAUGAAGAAUCGAGCGGCAACGGCGGCGGCGGAGCUCAAACGGGGUCCGGCUCUCAUCAAGGAAGCAGAUAA